GGAAAAAAUAUUUGCAUAAUUAAUAACAGGAAUGAAAGAAACAAGAAUGCAGGUGUUGUAGCUACUGAAAACGAUAGUCUUGAAAACAACAAGUUGUAGUAAGAUUGGAAAGAAUGAAGUCGACACCUAUCCAUAUUUACUUUUUUCUUAUGGCAUCAUCGAUGACAAUCGCUUUUGUACCAAGGCCCGGUGAGUCAUGAUACGUUACUUAUUUACCUACAGGGCUCGCACAACACAACCACGGACUAGAUUAUUUCACUGAAGACCGAUUGGUAAUCAACUCGCUCAGUUUUCGAAGUGUUUGAUUUCGCGGACAUUUUUCAAUUUUCCCUGUAAAAUCUUCUCCUUCCUUUCCCUACAUCUCUCGCUUCUCAGCUUUAAAUCGCUGUUUUUCGUAGGAACCUUUCAUUAUCUUAAGUUUUGAGUGCUCAACCUUUACACCAUAACUUUCGCCUUCGUCUAUUUUACGUUUUUUUUUCUUUUAAUUCUGCGUAUUGCAACAAAACCACUUCAAAGGUAAAGGUUUGAAACGACCUUUUUCCCGUUCCGAAGAUUUAUGGAUGCAAUCUUGAAAGAAAUUAAACUCAAACAGAAAACUGUGCUCUAGCUGUGAAAGUGUUAUGAUAAUAGCUUAAGAACUUUAUCUUGGGAUAAAAUUCAUUUUCAUACCAAUGUCCUAUUGAUUAUCAAAAAACGUUGGCUUAAAAAUUCUACAGAAUAAUGGCUGGGAGCAGGAGAAAUUACUAGAAAAAUUGAGUCGAUUGUUUAGUUCAGUGUGCAGGAUAUGAUCAUAUUUUAGCAUAAUUUAUUGUUGCUUUCACACGGCUAUACAAAUGUUUUCGUCAAACUUGACUGUAUUUUUGAAAAGUAAAAGUAAAGUUUAGUUAUUCAGAGUUUUACCUCCGAUCCAAACAUACUUAGCUAAACCUAAACGUACGUCGAGUAAACAAAUAUUUGGUCUCGGACGAGUGAAUCGAGACAUGAUAUCGUAUAAAUUGGAUGUGUCCUCGUGUGAAAAAUAUUGUCCGAAAGUUCGAGAGUCAUACGACUUAUGACUGUCGUUAAAGUAAUAUAGAAAAGUUUGAUAAAACUCUUGUAGGCGGAAUUGAGACUUUUAUGGUUUAAUCAGACACGAUUUAAGAGAGACUUUCACAAGAAUAAUUACUUUUAUAAAAACAAUGUAAUUCUUCUCAGCAUAUUGUCAUCAACGAGUCAUUAAAAAGCUAUCUGAUUAUAUCUACAUCUUGUAUUUUGGGGAGCGGUUAGCCAAAACACAGUGAGAGAGUUGAUUGCCGGGAUUAGUUCAAAGACAGAAUCAUGCGGAUCUUUCUAGAACAAUUUUUCCGAUUUGCGAAAUAAACAACAUAAAAGAUGUGCAUGUAACCGCAACAUGAAAAAAUUACCUGUAGAGAAAAACAACGUGUUUGUCUCGUAGCAACGGAUAAAUUUAUCUUUCGACCUUGAGGGGCUAGUAAUGCUAUCAGUUAUGAUAAACUCAUUCUAUUACCAAAGUAUGUCUAAAUAUCUUUAAAUGAGUUGUUGAUUGGAAUAGUUAGCAGAGCAGACGUAAUUUUGGUGAGUGCUCGGUAUCUUUUGAUGAAAGUUAUGGCUGCCAUCCUAAGGCUAGUUAGUUCACAUUUAAAAUGGUUUUAAGGCUCCUCCCAGGAGUAAAAAUGGUUACCAGACCAGACAGCUAUCAGAGAAAUUUGAUGAGUGCUGGACUUGAAUCCCGUUAAAGACGAGUAACAAAUUAUGCUGUGAUAUAAGAGACUUUUUUAUUACAUUUAUUCGUCUACUUCUGGAUUUUCUUUAUUGUAUUCUGAGCUUGAUAGAAGUGUUAUUAAGGUUGGGUUGUCUGUCUAAAAUGACUCCGCCAACCACAGGCUGACCAGAACUCCUUACCGUAAUUUGCAUUUAAUGAACUGAAAUGCUGAUGUAGUUGAUAUACAGUUGAUUGAAAUAGAAACUGUGAAAAGAUCCGACAGGCAGCUGGCAUAUAAGACAUGACUAAAAGCUACCACCCAUACCAUAUUGAUAUACUGUUUCUCAACUUCAGCUCUAUUCAUUUUCAUAUUCAUCUCCAAUCAACAGAAUUCAUUUGGUACCUAUACCCAAAGUGGAACAACCAGCUUUAUGGAUACAAGCCCAAUUCCAACACUUCUUUCCUUCCUAACAACAUCGUCGGAGAAGUCGUGGAGCAGAGAGACGAAGGGAUUCAUAGCAUUUCCUUUGACACCGGUUCAAAUAAAAUCGUUCUUGGAACUCUUGCCGAUACCCUUGGCAACAUGACCACUUUUCCAGCCUUUACAAUUUCUUUUCUAUAUAAAAUCAGUACUUUGCCGCUGCCAAAUGCCGUUUCUGUCCGCCUUUUCGUUUCAUCCCCCAGGAAAGAGGAGCGGAAAAACAGUAAUCCAGUCGAGAUUAGAUUGAUACAGACCGGGAGCAAUAUAUCAUUUUAUGCCGCUGUUGGACAUCACGAUAAAAACAUCAAAGGUGCACGUGUCGACGGCAUAGCAAAGGUGACUCAAUGGUUCCACAUAAGCAUUAUGUAUACUGGCUUGCACCAAAAUGAAACACUGGUUUAUUUGAACGGCACAAGAAUGGCUUCCGAUAACUACAAUUCACCAAUUUCUGCCGAACCGUCAAAUCCCACCCCUUAUGAGUAUUCCCUUGGCUUUGAUAAAUCUCAGACAAAGUUUUCAAUGAGCUGGUUCCAGGUCUUUAGAGGCGUACUAAACGAGACACAGGCAAUGGAACUCUCCAAGGCAACCUUCAGUCAAGGUAUUUUCCUCACUUCUUAAUCCCCCCCCCCCAUUUUUCCACCAUCACCAUAUGCGUAGUCUCUACUGAGAGGGGAGGGGCGAAGUCAAGAGGUCCCACCCUUAACCUUUUAUCUCUGGGAGGGGCGCCAACGGAAUGUCUGGGCUGAGGUGUGCCACCACGGCGUUCUAAUUCUGACCCAGUCUAAAAUCCGUUCGAUUAACUCACAAAUUUGGUUAAAAGGAUCAAAAUUUAAUUUACCCUUCGCCUUUAUACCAACCUUUUUGGGGUUCACAAUCGUUCUCUUCACGUCCUUCAUCACCCCUUCUCUCUUUCUUUUCCAUCAAUAACAGCUGUGCGCACGUGCACUAUGGUUGUCCCCGGGAGGUAUUGUAGCCGAGUGGAAGGCGUGCUAGAAACCGGGUUCAAGGGCCCUGGCGAACUCGAACCCCACCCCGGCCAGGUUAUUGUGUCACGUUGUCAGGCAAAAUGCUCUGCCCUCACUACCCUCACAGUGCCUCUCUCCCCCCUAACCAUAGGUGAGAUCGAGGACCGGCGAUCUCGAUAUCUCAUUUCUGGUCACUCUGUUAAUUCAAUGAAAGCUCAAGCAAUAUGGGCUACUUGCUCAAGUACAAUCAUUACCGUAAGUGUUAUCAUCAAAGAUAACAUUUAAAAUUUAGUUUGCUUGUGAACAGGACUCUAAGCCGGAGGUUUUCUCUUUCGAUAGCUCUGAACGCUGUUCAAGUUACAGCGAAUUUUACUAUCAGUGCUGUGACGAUACAGGAAGAUGAUGGAAGUGUUAAUCUUAUGGCCAUGAGAACCGGAAACGUGGAGCUUGCUUCAACAGUAAGGUCAGGGAAAGGCGAUUAAAAUGCGCAAAAAAUAACAUAAAAAAGCAAUCCUCGUUGAGCACCUAGACUUGAUGUAUUUCCUCUAACGAAAUUUUAAGACCACUCCUCCUUUUUAGAGAUCCCACGAUUGAGUAGUAACCAAUCAUGAGUAAAAUCUUGCUCAUAUUGAUAUGUUAAGAACCCUUCGAAACCGAAAGCAGAAGUUUAUCUCUUGGAUAGAAAGAAGAGAAAACCAAAAAUAAGUCUACAUUUGCCGACUAAAUGACAUGUGGCGCACGCCAAAACGUUGAUGCAGCAAACUUGGUACAUGUGAUACACUUCCCGCGAUACCUGUGGUGAAAAAGAAGCUUCUGGAUUAUGUUUCAAACUAAGCCUGUAUAACCUUUUAUCUCUGCACAAUAAUUACCACAAUAUGCAUGCCAUAAAAUUAUUGUGCUUAAAUCUCAAUGUUUUAAAAUCACUAUGUUCCUCUUUGGCUGCUCCAAUUUGGGUGCCUUGAGAAAGGAGGCUAGCCAGAUAAAAUGGCAUUGUUUACAUAGAUGUUUCAUUUUUUCAAUAAGUGAACUCAAAUGAUAGAGCCUGGACAUUGAUCAAUAUGAAAAAAUUAGGUAUUCACUCCAUUGUAUGAUUUAUCAUUCAAUGCUCCUUACCCAUCAAAAAGAUCGUCCACUUUAACUGCAUCUCUGUGCUGUCAUUGUAACAGGUUCAGUGCUACAAGUGACUCAGCCGUAAUAGACAAAGACUUUUCCUUCCAAUCCAAGGAGGUUACAUUCAAACCAGGAGAGAUUUAUCACAGUAUUAAUAUCUCUAUCCUGAAAGAUGACUGGACAGAAGACGAUGAGAAAUUUACUAUCUCCAUGACCUCCGUGGAUGGUGUGAUAUCCAUUGUCACGCCUGGGAGUGUCACGAUUACGAUCAGCAGCAAUGGUAAGAUUUGGGGAAUGAUGGUCUUCCUGAAGUUGGGUAAACAAGGGAAAAAGCAUGUGGGAGGGGGUUUCUUGGAAAAAAAGGAACUGUUGCAAUUUUCGGGAGAAAGGGCCACUCGGAUUUUCUGACUUGGAGAAACAGUCCACUCUCAGAAUCUAACAAUCACUCAUUCCUUGCUGUAAGGCGUGUUUUAAGUAUCCAUUUACACCUUGCUUUUUGUUCUGUUCUUUCGUUUAUUGUUAAGAUGGCUCAGCUGGUCGUGAACCUGCAACAGGAGAACAGACCGAUGAUGAAGGUAAGCUGAGGAACAAUUAUAAAAUAACAUAUUUAAUAUUAUACAUGAAAAAAUUACGCGCGUCUGAUUGGCUAAAAACGAGUGCAUUUUUCGUGUAUAAUUGCAAAUUAUAAUUAGCGCAUCCUCUCCUGGUUCGCGCAAUUUUGUUGUCUCUGAAAGCUGGCUCUUGCUUAUAAACACCAAAUUUCACUCGAAAUCAUGUUGUUCCCUAUACAAAUUCACUCUUUACGAGUGUGCUGCAAACUUGGGAGUCUGAAUCUUUAAGAGGAGCUAAUCAUGACCUUCUGACCAUCAGCGGGAUGUUUCACCCUAGAACUUUCAAUUGGAAUCUCGUAGCGUGCAUAGAUAUUUACUUUACUUAAAUGACGUUAAGUUGCCAUUGGCCUUCAAUAGUUGAACAGUGAAGAAUAGAAACGAGGGGUAUGGAUUGGUUUCAAGGUGGAGUGGGUGGGGAUUGAAGUUGGAUGGCUGCAGGGCGCGGAGAUUGGUAUUGGGGUGGAGUGAGUGGGGAUUGAAGUUGGCUGGCGGAGCGAAGUUGGGCUAGGUAAAGAUUUUGAGAUGGAGCGGCUAAGGAUUGUUUCAUAUUUAUCUGUUUCCUUUUUUUUUUCCUUUAGAUAUCUGCUUUAUUCCACUCAUCUUGCUGUGUGUUGGAAUAGGUUUGGUGUCUCUGGGCAUAAUCAUUUUACUCGGGUUUCUUAUCAAACUGUUCUGCUGAUAACGAAAUAAAAGCAAGGUAAGAGUGAUCUUCAUGUACCACCCGAUAGAUCUGUGGAGAAAUUUCAGUUGAGGGUCGAAAGUCCUCCGGAAGGUUUAGAAUGGUUUUGUUUUACUUCUUGCUAUGAUUGGUCGAGAAAACUUACACCAUCCUCUCAACCCGUUAGAUAUUCCAUAUAAACCAGUCGCUCAUUGGUUCCUCGCGUUUCCCGCUUAUCUGUUUUUACUUUCAUGCUCACUUCUGCCCCUUGUAAAAUUUCCUUUACUUCUAAUCAGUCGUUGAGUUGUUUUAAUUUGGAUUGAAACGUGCCGCUAAAUGGUGAAGUUUUCUUACAUAUUGAAAGUGCAAUAACGUAUUGAAAGUGAAAUAUUACCUGUCUUCAUGAGACUUCCUUAAGAUUUCUUACGAGUAAUUUAUUCGCUCUCAUGAGUUUCAACCGAAAAAACAGCUGCCCACGGCACAUCUUCCAAAAAUGUCAUGAAAAAGCGCCGCAUUGUUAUUGGUUGAUACCAAUGUGAUUGAGUAGACUCAAACAACUUUGUAUGCAAACUGACCAUGCGCAGGCUCCAUGAGUGGAUCAAAUAUGCCAAAGCUUCUCACACAGUCUUUAUACAUGUUAAUCUUGUGUUUGUUUAACCCGUUAUAUUUCAGUAGAGACAUCUUAAAAAGCUAGACAUCAUGCAACCAAAGGAAAGAAGUCUUCAACUAGAUCAAACUUUAUCGGGAUUCGUAUAUUACCUGCUGGAUGAAAGACUACGAAAAGACUCAUUCGAAUUUUACCCAAAAAUCUUGAUUUGACGAUGUAAACGAUGAUUUUUUAAUUGAUACCAAUCUGUAACCAGGGUUCGCCGGUGUAUGUGUAUAUUAUUAAAUUUUGAUACUCUGGCAUCUUAAGUUUCAGCUUUUCAAAUUAUCUAUGUAUCGAAAUUCUUCACUUGCAUUUCAAACUUAAAAGGAAUAUUUGUGAAACUUAAGACCAAGGAGGAACUGAGGAGAAUGUAUCAUUUAAGUGGCUGGAUGACUUGUCAGUUUUGUUCACCGCUGAGCCGACGACAUAAACCUUCCUCGUUCUCACUAGUGAUGGUGAAACAAUAAAUGAAUAUAUUUUUUUGAUAAAAUAGUACGUUGUACAGGCGAUCAGUUUUCUUUUUCAAUAAAAAUGAACAUUCCACCGUCUAAUAAUCUGACCAGUUGGACUUGGACUUCCUCUUCUGCAAAAACAUGUCGAAAACGUUACGCUCUUAUGUUACCAUAACAACAACCCUCUUGGAUGUUACCAAGUAAAGAGCGAUUUGACCAGUGGCCAUAUUUUUCUAUAAAACAAAAGAGAGUCGUUGCAGUGACUUAUCAAAAAUCGUACUCAAAAGGAUCCUAGCUUUCAAAAUGGCGGCUGGUCAGCAAAAACCGUCGCCAUUUUGAAAACGACGAGGCCCCCUGGGGACGAAGUAGUGACGUGUGUUACUGCGC